AAAUAAAUAUAUUUAAAAUUUUUAAAAAAUAAAAUAUUAAAAAUGUUCGGAGGUGGCCGAGCCACCCUGAAUCGCCGGAAUGGGGGUGGCUCGGCCAAAUAGCUCGCUCAACUCUCGUUGACGAUUCCGGGAACAUCGACCAUGUUUUUGCCUCUGAGAAAGCCAAGGCUUGGGUUGUGUCCGGUUCGCCGCAAUCGACUCUGUGCGCGUUGGGGAACGGAUGCGGAUGCAGACAGGGCUCGAGCCAUGGAAGCCCAAACGGGGCCUUCCCAAGCCUCUUCCCCACCGGCGACCUGGGAUCUGCUUUACGCUGCUGCGGGGGAAGUAGCUCGAAUGAGGAUGAACGAAGAUGUGUACGGGCUCAACCAUGGCAGAGGUCUCUUGGGUCCUCUGAGAAAGCCCUCUCCAGUCGCUCUUCCUGUGAAAAACAACCCCAACUCUGAUGUUGGAUUUGUCUCACACCAGUCACUCUCUCACCAGCAGUUGCAAAUGCAAGCCACUCAACAGUUUCAGCAGCUAAGACAGCAGCAGAUGAUGAAGCAACAGGGGGACUGGACGAUACCAACAGCGCCAGACGACCCAGGAAAUGGUCCAAAACAGAGGGAGGAACAGAGAGUACGUCGGAGCCAGAAACAGUCGCCCUCUGGGUUUGUCCCCUUCUGCAUAGCCCACUCAGCAAAUGGUCGGGCAACCUUCCAGGGCCAGGGUGCCGGCCCACCCUGGUUUAGUUUUAUUUUUUAGUUUUAAAUUUUUAGUUUUUAUUUAUUUAUUUAUUUUUUUUUUUGGUAAGU